AUGAAGUACUUCCAAGACCUCUUCUUCUUCUUCUUCUUCUUCUUCUACUGUUACAUUGGUUGCCUCUCUGAAGUGGUAGAGAAAGCUGUUUUCACCAACGAAGCAUCGAUUUUGCUAUCGAUAAAAGCGAGUCUGAUUGAUCCAUUAGGCCAGCUUCAAAAUUGGAAAGUGCCCAACAAUGGGGUUGGUAACAUUUCAGUUCAUUGUAAUUGGACUGGAGUGUGGUGCAACUCCAAUGGUGAUGUUUCGAAGCUUGAUCUCUCCCACAUGAAUCUUAGUGGGGUUGUGUCAAGUGACAUUCAAAGGCUACAAAGUCUCACUUCUCUCAAUUUAUGCUGCAAUGUGUUCUCAUCGCCAUUGCCAAAAUCUCUGUCCAAUCUCACUGCACUGAGAGCCAUUGAUGUGAGCCAAAAUUUAUUCAUUGAGAGCUUCCCGGUGGGGCUUGGAAGGGCGGUUGCCCUCACGAGGCUGAAUGCCUCGAGCAACAACUUCUCGGGCUAUCUUCCUGAGGAUUUGGGGAAUGCAACUUUGCUUGAGAGCCUAGAUCUCAGAGGGAACUUCUUUGAAGGUUCAAUUCCCAAGUCUUUCGGGAACUUGGGGAAGUUGAAGUUUCUUGGCCUUUCCGGGAACAAUCUGACAGGCCAAAUACCUCCAGAGCUAGGCCGGCUUGCAGCAUUAGAGAGUAUGGUUCUUGGGUACAAUGAGUUUGAAGGCAAAAUCCCAAGUACAUUUGGAAAUCUCACGAGUCUCAAGUACCUAGACUUGGCAUUUGGCAAUCUUGGUGGCUCAAUUCCAGCUGAAUUGGGGAGACUGAAGGUACUAAGUACAGUUUUCUUGUAUAAGAACAAUUUUGAAGGCAAGAUUCCUCCAGAAAUCGGCAACAUUACUUCGUUAGAGAUGCUGGAUCUCUCAGAUAAUCUGUUGUCAGGAGAGAUUCCAGCUGAGAUAUCUCAGUUGAAGAAUUUGCAGCUCCUGAAUCUGAUGUGCAACCACCUGUCCGGUUCAGUUCCUCGUGAACUUGGACAGUUGACACAACUAGAGGUGUUUGAGCUGUGGAACAAUUCCUUGUCAGGUCCUUUGCCGAGUGAUCUUGGCCAGAAUUCAUCGUUGCAGUGGUUGGACUUAUCGUCCAAUUCAUUCUCUUGUGAAAUCCCGGCCAGCUUGUGCAGUGGAGGGAAUCUCACUAAGCUCAUCCUAUUCAACAAUGCUUUCUCUGGUUCUAUUCCUACUGGUUUAUCAAAAUGUAUGUCGCUGGUUCGUGUUCGGCUUCAAAACAAUCUUCUUUCUGGGACAAUCCCAGUAGGGUUUGGCAAACUUGGGAAGCUUCAGAGGCUGGAAUUGGCAAACAAUAACCUCACUGGCCAAAUCCCAGAUGACAUUUCUUCUUCUACAUCACUUUCUUUCAUUGAUCUCUCCGGAAAUCGCCUCCAAUCUUCUCUCCCUUCCUCCAUUUUGUCCAUUCCCAAUCUGCAAAGCUUUAUGGCCUCAAACAAUAACUUGGAAGGCGAAAUCCCAGAUCAGUUCCAGGACUGUCCCUCACUUUCUGUGCUUGAUCUCUCAUCAAACCAUUUCACUGGAAGCAUUCCAGCAAGCAUUGCUUCCUGUGAAAAAUUGGUAAAAUUGAAUCUUCGAAACAACCAAUUGACCGGGCCAAUCCCAGAAGCGAUUGCAAUGAUGCCCACCUUAGCCAUUCUUGAUCUAUCCAACAAUUCUCUAACCGGUGGGAUAGCAGCAAAUUUUGGCGACUCUCCGGCCUUAGAAAUGCUUAAUGUCUCUUACAACAAGCUGGAGGGACCUGUGCCUGCAAAUGGUAUUCUCAGAACAAUAAAUCCAGAUGAUCUCGUGGGCAAUGCCGGUCUUUGUGGUGGCAUGCUCCCUCCAUGCUCUCAAAAUGCAGCAUAUGCGUCGAAGCAUAGGGGCUUGCAUGCAAAACACGUCAUUGCUGGUUGGUUCAUCGGCAUUUCAUCACUGUUGGUUAUUGUAAUCACAGUUUUUGCAGCCUGGUCUCUAUACAAAAGAUGGUAUGCAAUUGGAAGUUGCUAUGGAGACAGAUUUGAAAUGGGCAAAGGAGAGUUUCCUUGGAGACUAAUGGCAUUCCAGAGGCUUGGAUUUACGAGCAGUGACAUUCUAGCCUCCAUCAAGGAAUCGAAUGUGAUUGGAAUGGGAGCGACAGGGAUUGUUUAUAAGGCCGAUAUGCAGAGAUCCAACACGGUUGUAGCUGUCAAGAAGCUGUGGAGAGCAGGGACAGAUGUCGAAAUGGGAAGCAGCAGCGAUGAUCUUGUUGGGGAGGUGGACCUCUUGGGGAGGUUAAGGCAUCGGAACAUUGUACGGCUACUGGGAUUUCUUCAUAACAAUACCGACGCAAUGAUACUUUACGAGUAUAUGCAGAAUGGGAGCCUGGGAGAAGCUUUACAUGGCAAACAAGCAGGGAGGUUGCUGGUAGACUGGGUGUCGCGGUACAACAUAGCAGUUGGAGUCGCUCAAGGGCUAGCGUACCUCCACCAUGAUUGUCACCCUCCUGUCAUCCACCGCGAUGUCAAACCAAACAACAUCCUGCUUGAUGCAAACCUUGAGGCAAGGAUUGCUGAUUUCGGGUUGGCAAGGAUGAUGAUUAAGAAGAAUGAGACAGUUUCAAAGGUUGCUGGAUCCUAUGGAUACAUAGCCCCUGAAUACGGAUACACUUUGAAGGUCGACGAGAAGAGUGAUAUCUACAGCUAUGGAGUUGUCCUGAUGGAGCUUCUCACCGGAAAACGGCCACUAGACCCCGAGUUCGGAGAGUCUGUUGAGAUUGUUGAAUGGAUUAGAAGAAAGAUUCAAUAUAACAAGGCAUUAGAGGAAGCACUAGAUCCCAGUGUAGGAAAUUGCAGAUAUGUUCAAGAAGAGAUGCUCUUGGUACUGCAGAUAGCUAUGCUCUGUACAGCCAAACUCCCCAAGGACAGACCUUCAAUGAGGGAUGUUAUAACAAUGCUUCAAGAGGCAAAGCCUCGAAGAAAAAGCAGUAGCAACAAUGUCACAGACAUUACUAACAAAGAUCAGCCAAUCUUUAGCACAUCACCUCUAAAUGGCCUUCUAUAAGAACAAAACCAAAAGUUUCUUCAAGGCCGCACCAUCAUUUUGUUUAAUUCUUCUGUUGUAUGUAAUAGCUUAUUUGUUAUAUUUGUAAUCAUUGUCCGAGUUGGUUGUGUCAAUAUUUUAGAGGGUACAUGGAUUCCUCUUGCAAAUAA